GGGAAGUGGCUGCGCUCCUCAGAGCCAGGUGAAGGAGCACAAGCACCAGUGGACCCUGCUGUGGAUGUUGCCCAUAUCUGUGCUCAUGGUGACAGGGGAAGGAAGCUACGAAUGGUGCCUGCUGUGUGCUAGCUGCUGAGGGAGAUUUGUGCUUUGUCACCACAACACAUAUCGCGACUGGCCAUAUCAUUAAUACCACUGGCAGCUCUCUGUGGCACUGAGCCUCCCUCCUGUGUGUGGUGGUGACAGUGCGGGCUCCGGGCACAGAGAACGCGUUGCGGUAAUUGGCCGGGUGUUUUGUCCCUGCCGGCUCUCGGUCGGUCGGGGAGAUGGGAGAGAGCAUGUCUAAACGGCUGAAGCUGCAGUUCGGCGGGGAGGCGGAGAUGGAGGAGCGCUCCUUUAAUAACUGCUACCCGGACUACCGGCCUGCCCCUGAGACGGUAGAGCCGGCGGAGGGAGAAGAAGAAGAAGACGAAGAAGCCGGCGCCGCCGCUGAGCACGGGGCACUGGACCUGCCCUUUGACAGAGAUGGAAAGAUUACAGGAAGCUUUUCAAGACGCAUCCAGGCGAAAAUUAGUGACCUGCUGCAACAAAUGGAGGAAGGUCUAAAGACUGCUGACCCACAUGACUGCUCUACUUAUACUGGGUAUACAGGCACAGCCCUCCUCUACCUGCAGCUUCAUCGCAUCACUAAAGACCAGGCUCACUUACAGCGCUCUCUCGAUUAUGUGAAAAGAAUUCUGCGCAACCUGAACGGCCGAAGAGUCUCAUUCCUGUGCGGUGAUGCCGGGCCUCUUGCUGUAGGUGCUGUUGCCCAUCACAAGCAGCAAAAUGAAACGGAAUCCAAGGAUUGUAUUGCAAAGUUAUUGGCCUUGCAUCGAGGGGUGGUCAGCACGGACUCUGAGCUCCCGGAUGAACUGCUGUAUGGAAGGGCUGGAUAUCUCUAUGCGUUGCUGUAUCUAAAUGCUGAGAUCGGUCCAGACACGGUGCCUCAAGCCACAAUCAAAGAGCUUGUGGAUGCCAUCAUUGAGUCUGGGAAGAAUUUGUCCAAAGAAGAGCACAAGACAGAACGCUGUCCUCUGCUGUAUCAAUGGCACAAGAAGCAGUACGUGGGAGCGGCCCAUGGAUUGGCUGGCAUCUACUAUAUGCUGAUGCAGCCUUUAGCAAAAGUAGACCAAGAAACCUUGACUGAGCUGGUGAAACCAAGUAUUGACUACGUACGUCACAAGAAGUUCAGGUCUGGGAAUUAUCCGUCGUCUUUGAGCAAUGAAACAGAUCGGUUGGUACACUGGUGCCAUGGAGCACCAGGAGUCAUACACAUGCUUCUUCAGGCCCACAAGCUAUUCAAAGAAGAUAAGUACUUGAAAGAUGCCGUGGAGUGUGGUGAUGUUAUUUGGCAGAGAGGUCUUCUAAGAAAAGGAUAUAGCAUCUGUCAUGGAACUUCAGGAAACGGAUAUGCCUUCUUAUCUCUCUACCAUCACACUAAAGAUAAAAAGUAUCUCUACAGAGCCUGCAAGUUUGCAGAAUGGUGUUUAGAUUAUGGUGCACAUGGAUGCCGGAUCCCUGAUAGACCCUAUUCUCUCUUUGAAGGAAUGGCUGGAACGGUUCAUUUCUUGUCAGACGUGAUGACACCAGAGACUUCACGCUUUCCUGCAUUUGAACUUUGAUUGGCUGGCAAGAGACUAUGAGGAGGAAUAUCUUUUGGCAGUCUGAGAAGAUAAAGAGCUCACACAUGUUACGUUUGGUACCUCCACCUCAUUUUGCCAACCUAGACUUGUCACCUCUUUUUACAGAAGAGCAGUCACAAUGUUCUGUGAAGACACCACGGGGCUAUCCUGAAAUACGACAUUCAUCCUGUGAUAUGUUUGUAUGUUUGGUCGAACAUGAAGAUGCUUUGUUCUAUCUUUUAUGUUAUCAACUUUUGAUGAAGGGUCAUUUGACCCUUUGAAAGAUAAUCUAAUUUCAUUUGUUGUGUAUAUUAUAAUCCUGAAUUAACAUCAAAGUGAGCAGUAAAUUUGGCUCUUGGAGUACUUGCAGAAUAGUCCAUAGACAAUAGAAGUAACCUCCUGCUAUGUGCAUUUCCAGUAGGAUUAACUUGGACCAGGCAAGUAAUACAUUUUGAUGGGUAACAUCUCUGUAUGACCCACCACUUAUUACGUUAUGUAGCAAUCAUUGGUAAAAACUUUUUCAGAGCGGUUUCAUAUGCAUCUGCCAUAAAAGUGGACUGAUACUAUUUUUAAAAAGUUGCUUUGAUGCCAACUGGUUUAUUAGAAUUAAAAUCUCAUAAAAGUAUACAGUUUGGUACUGCGCCAGUGUCUUCCUCAGUCCAUGUUAGGUUUUUGGCCUGGAGAAGGUACUUGUCCAGUCCCCAAGCACAUACCUUCUAUGUUCUAUGCUUUUAUAUGGUUUUCCUUCCAAUAAACCAGUUGUCUUCACAGCCAGGUUUUUCAAACUGGUUGCCAUCAACUUGUAUGUAAGAUAUGGUGGUGCUCUGAAAGAGAAGCUGUUUCCACUGAUGGUUGCACUUCACUGACACACUGUCCCUACAAAGGAGUGUCAAUGUUACCUACUUCUGGAACUGGCACAACCUUUAAUCGUUCAGAGUCCAGCUGACUUGAUGUACCUACUAUAGAGCACAACCCACUGGGUGAGCUGCAUUCCUAUAUGACCUCAGCAUUAUACAAUAUGACUUUAUCUUCUUUUUCCAUUCCCGCUUUUUUUCCGCCAUUGAUUUUGUAGUCAGAGCAGACAAAAUCUCCUGUGUGUUGAAUGGGUCAUUUUGGAUGAGAAGAUGAUAUGGUAUAAAAACUGCAUGUUCGGUAAAUGUGUAUGUAAGGAUCAUCUGCAUGCAUUAUGGGUGGGAUGUAGAAUGCACCUUCAUUCCAUGGCAGAUCAGAAUAAUAUAUACGUGUCUUAUGCGUUCAUAGUGGCACAAGUUAGUAUCCAGGGGGCUUGCAGGGUGAUAACUGCCCAAAGUGUUGGAGGAGACUUGCUGUCCAGAAAAUUACACAACCAUAGACUGCCCCAUUUAUCUCAAGCCUUGAAAAACAGUGUUCCAUCUAUCAUUAAGCAGUCAGCACCUUCAAUCAUUUGGACAGAAAAUCCAGUGAUGUCUGACAUGCACAAAUUACCUAAAAUUUCAUUAGAAAACCCCCUUGAAAUCUGAGCUGCAAGUAUUUAUUUUCAUGAUCUGUGUGUACAGUAGCUGGUCUGCAGAAAGAUGCGUUCUGCUCUACUUUAUUCCGAUUACUUAAGGCGUUCCAGAACAUUGAGAUGUGAAGCACGACAUGGAUAACUGAUAAAAAUUAUUCAGUGGGUUUCUCCAGCCUAACUGCUCACCGUCGUGCCAAAAAUUACUCCGAAGAUGUCACUGCAUGCACCAUUUGUACUGAGCUUGUAUAGAAAGGGGGCUUUGUCUUCAUGUGUUUACUGGUGGUUAUAUCAUAUGCGGCUCCUCAGGCCUGUGUAGGCCUGGUACGUGAGGAUUCAGCAUAGUUUGAUUUGGAGUAUUUGUGCUACUUAGAAUUUCCAUAAUUGUCCUUGCAUUACAUAUGACAUGACACAGAUCAAAUGUGUCAUGGCUACGUGCACAAAUGUUGUGGGGGCAAUUUUCAUGUAGAUACUUGGUUAGCCAUCACUUGGUACUUUGAAUGAAAGAGCACACCCUUUGACUAUGAUGAGAGAUCUUAACUUUGUAACGUCUAAUUAUGAAAUCUAUUGAUUUCUGCAAUGUAAGUCAUUACCAAACUUCAUGGCUUUAACUAGUUGGGAUUGGUUGUUGUCUGUCUGUUUUUGGGAUAUGUGUGCAUCUGUGGUGCUUGGUAUGUACCUAAAAUGUUAAAUGUUAAUUACCUGCAAUACUGUCUUUUACAUGUUCACGUGUUCCGUGUUUUUACGUAUGUGACCCUUAAUGCUGCCGUCAGAAUGAAUAAAAAGCUGAUGGCAAUUG